AUGGACUUGAAAAUUCGACUAGCCCUUUUUGCAUCUCACUUUUAUUUCAGUGUAAGCUUCCCUAUCCAGGUGAACACUGAACAAAGCUAUGAAGCAUCACACAAAGGAUAUAAUUCUGGCCCCAUUGAAAUCAAUGGCAAUAUUCCCAAUGACUUCAGUAGGGUCAGAAUUUCCCGCGACAUUGAGAAGAACAUGCCAGGAGUUGCCUUCCCAGAGAGUGAGGAAGAAUCCAUUUUUAGUUUAAUUUUAAAAUCCAAUAAAGGCAGCAAAACCCGUUUAUAUGAAGGUGACAUUACCCCAAAAAGACAUCGCAAUGCCAUAGUCUGUCCAUUUAACUGGUGCUUUUGGCCCAAAUCAUCGAAUGGACUCGUCAUCAUCCCCUAUGUCAUCUCUUCUUCCUACACUCGUGAGGAGAAAGCUCUGAUUGUUGGUGCCAUCCAAGAAUACGAGACCUUGACUUGUAUUCACUUUGUAGACCGCACAACGGAAACUGACUAUAUAUAUAUUUCUCCUAAGGAUGGCUGCUGGUCUUACUUUGGAAAGGUUGGGGGCUCCCAGGUGGUGUCGGUGCGCAAAGGGGGUUGCAUGAGAAAAGGAAUCAUUCAGCAUGAACUAAACCAUGCACUGGGGAUGCUGCAUGAACAGAACAGGAACGACAGGGACAAAUAUGUAGUGAUUUCAUGGCAGUACAUUAGUCCAGGUGAUUUUUAUCACUUUAAACCAACCAGAGCUAAUAACCUGGGCCUCAAGUAUGACUAUUCCUCCGUGAUGCACUAUCACAGAUUUGCUUUCUCCAAUACGUCUGGAAAGGCAACCAUUACACCAUUCCCUGAUAGCACAGUGCCCAUUGGACAGAGGUUUGGACUGAGUAACCUAGAUGUGGCCAAAAUCAAUAAGUUAUAUGAAUGUGAGAUCCAUAGUACUUUGCUCUCUAAUUUGACUGGAAGUUUUUCCUCUACUAUCUACCGGUCAUCAUACCCAAAGAAUACCAACUCUGUAUGGCUGAUUCGUAUCCCAGCAAACAAAAUUUUCCUGCAGUUUAAUUCCUUAUAUAUCCAGUCCUCCUCAGACUGUGCUUCCAACCAUAUUCUGGUUUACGACGGAGGCAGCAGGAGAGACACUGUUUUUCUGAACAAAUUGUGUCGACCAAAGCAGCUCCCCUCAGUAGUGUCUUCUGGGAACAUGAUGCUUGUGGAGUUGGUCAGUGAUGGCACCACAUUGCCCAAAUUUAAGGCUUCUUACAGUUCUGUGCAAUGUGGCAAGACUUUUACUGCCAUGAAUGGGAAAUUUGAGUCUCCACUGUAUCCUUCUCACUAUCCUCCACUAACAGACUGUGCCUGGAUAAUGAUAGCGCCAGAAGGAUCCAAGAUAUCAUUGACUAUAUUGUCCUUCCUUCUGGAGGAUUCGUUUCAAUGCCAACAUGACUACCUGGUUAUUUACGAUGGAGGUACAACCACAGCCCAUUCUGAGGGUAAAUACUGUGCGAAUGACAUAGUUCCAGGCUUCAUCUCCUCUGGGAACUCAGUGCUUGUCCAGUUCCACAGUGACUACUUCCUGCAGUAUCUUGGAUUCCAGGCUGAAUACUCAUUCAGUAAGUAUGAAGGCAGUAAGGAAUGCAGUGUAAUCUAG